AUGAUAGUCGAAAGGCUAGAGCAACUAUUUGCUCUCAUCCAGGGUGAGUACAUGCUCAGCCAUCCUGGAUGGAGCAAAGUAACUCUCACCAGAGCAUUACCGCUGGGAAUGCCACCAGGCCCAUUCCCGCUACCCCUAAUCGGAAAUACACAUCUGCUACCAGACCAAAAACCAUGGAUCUACUUCGAGAAACUGGCGAAGGAGUACAACACACCCAUAAUCACGUUUUGGACAGGCCGGCGACCAACAAUCUGGAUCUGCGAUGCCUGGGCAGCCAACGAACUCCUGAACAAGCGAGCCGCAAUCUACGCCUCCCGCCCACGGAUGGUCGUCUUUAGCGAGCUCGGUGCUGGCCAGUCGAACAUGGUCAACAUGUACUAUGGAGAUCGGUGGCGGCUGCACAGGAAACUAACACAUAUGGGGGUUGGGCUACAGCAAGUGCGUAUCUACCGCGGGUUCCAGAACGAUGAGAGCAAGGUCGUUGCUUUGGACCUCUUGCGCGAACCCCAGGAGUAUGUGAGCCAUUUCGAGCGGUACGCGACAAGUGUAGUCUCCAUAAUCGGGUUUGGCCGACGUGUGUCUGCAUAUACGGACCCGAUUAUCACGGAGGUGAUUGCGGUGAUGCAGCGGGCGGCGGAGCUGAAUGUGCCGGGGAAGUCGUUUCCCAUGCUGAUGGAAUCGUUUCCUUUUCUCGCCAAAUUCCCCAACUGGAUGGCACCUUGGAAGCACGGGUUGGGCAAUGGACAAGGACGCGGCAGGCCCUUUUUCUACGCGCUAGCAGAAGAGGUCGCCAGUGAUCCAGAGGCAAGACAGUGUUACGCACGGAAACUCUUUGAAGAAGCGCCGAAGCAUGACCUUACCAAAAUGGAGAUCUCCUCGCUUUCGGGGAAUCUGUUCGGGGCAGGCAGCGACACAUCGAGCUCUACACUUGUCACUUUUGUACUCGCUUGUUGUGCAUUCCCGGAGACGCUGCCCAGGGCAUGGGAAGAGCUUGACCGGGUGGUGGGGCCACACCGGAGUCCGACGUUCGAGGAUGAACCUGACCUGCUCUAUGUGAAGGCAUUUGUAAAAGAGGUUCUGCGGUGGAGAUCGGUCGCUAUUAUCGGGGGCCAGCCGCAUGCGCCGAUUAAGGAUGAUCGCUUUAAGGGCUGGCUGAUCCCUAGAAAUACCUGGGUACAGGGGAAUGUGUGGGCAAUCCACCAUCAUGAACGAGAAUUCCCUGAGCCUGACCGCUUCAAUCCGGAUCGAUAUAUUGAAGGAAGCCCCGUUCAUCGUCCAUUCCCGGUCGAGAAAGGCUACAUGACAUUUGGAUGGGGACGGCGAGUGUGCAGCGGCCAGGGUCUCGCUGAGCAGGGGACGUUCAUCACCAUUGCACGAUUACUAUGGGGGUUCGAAUUUCGAAAGGCGCUGGACCAGCACGGAAAUGAAAUUCCCGUGGAUAUCUUUGAUUAUACGAAUGGCCUUAAUAUGCGUCCCAACCCGUUUGAGUGUCGGAUUACUCCUCGCAGCCAGGAGAUCCGUUCCACCAUUCAACGAGAGGGCUUACAGGCACUGCAAGACCUAUCUCAGUACGAUGGUGAGACAAAAUACCGCAUGAGCACGUAUUAUAAUUCCGAGAAACUGUGA